AUGCCUUCGACCACGACGACGGCUGCCGCCGCCUCGACGACCCUCAACCUCACCGGCUCGGGCUCCGCGGCAACCACCGCCGAGGACCUCGACAUCUACGACGAGAUCGAGAUCGAGGACAUGACCUACGACCCCGCCCUGCAGAUCUACCACUACCCAUGCCCCUGCGGCGACAGGUUCGAGAUCUCGCUGGGCAGUUUGAGGGAGGGCGAGGACGUCGCCGUCUGUCCCAGCUGUAGUUUGAUGGUCAGGGUGAUUUUUGACCUGGAGGAUUUGGCGGGCGGGGAGGGUGACGAGGAUGACGAGGAGGAGGAGAGGGAAGAGAAAGACGAAGAGAAAAAGGAAGCGGAAGAGGAAGAGGCCGCCAAGUGA